UAUGUAAUAAAUCGAAUAGGAUCAAUAAAAGGAGUAAGAAAUUACUCAAAAUGAGAUGCCUGAUUUAAUUAUCAAUCCUUAUGAAGUGGUGAACAAUUCCAAGAAGUAAAUUGACUACGAUAAGUUGAUCCAAUCAUUCGGUUGCUAGAGAAUUGAACAAAGUCAUAUUGAGCGCAUAUAGACCUUAACUUAAAAACCUGUUCAUCAUUAUCUAAGACGUGGCAUUUUCUUUUCACAUCGAGACUUAAACCAAGUAUUAGAUGCCUAUGAAGCUGGAAAAGGGUUCUAUUUGUACACAGGUAGAGGACCUUCUGGAGAUUCAAUGCACGUGGGUCAUUUGAUGCCAUUUAUAUUUACUAAAUAUUUAUAGGAAGCUUUCGAUGUGCCUGUUGUGAUUGAAUUAUCAGAUGAUGAAAAGUUUUUCCAUAAAAGUGAAACAACAUUGGAAGAAUAUCAACGAUAUGGAUAUGAAAAUGCUAAAGACAUAAUAGCAUGUGGAUUUGAUGUUAACAAAACAUUCAUUUUCUUAAGUUCUAAAUAUGCAGGUCACAUGUAUCAUAACAUAUGUAAAUUUUAACAUGCAAUAACCUAUUCAUAAUUAAGAGGAAUAUUUGGUUUAAAUGAAUCUGAUAAUUGUGGCAAAGUAGCAUAUCCUGCUGUUUAAGCUGCUCCAUCCUUGUCUUCAUCAUUUAAACAUAUAUUUGGCAAGGAUGAGGUGAUGUGUUUGGUACCACAAGGAAUAGAUUAAGACCCUUACUUUAGAAUGACAAGAGAUGUAUGUUAUAAACUUAAAGUUCCUAAAACAGGAUGCAUACAUUCACAAUUCCUUCCAGGACUUCAUGGAUUUGGUACUAAAAUGGGAACUACAGAUCCAACAUCAGCUAUAUUUUUGACUGAUACUCCAAAAUAAAUUGAAGAAAAAGUUAAUAUUUAAUUAAUUUAUUUUAGAUUAAGAAACAUGCUAUGUCUGGAGGUGGUAUGACAAAAAAGGAACAUUAAGAAAAAGGUGCUGAUCUUACUGUGGAUGUUCCAUAUCAUUAUUUGAGAUUCUUCUUAGAAGAUGAUGCUCGUCUUGAAGAAAUCAGAGUUCAAUAUGGAAAGGGUGUUAUGAUGACAAGUGAAGUCAAGAAAGAAUUAAUUACAGUUCUUACUAAAAUAGUAACUGAACACUAAUAGAGAAGAGCUCUUGUGACAGAUGAAAUGGUUGAAAAAUUUAUGGAAUUAAGACCUUUAAGCAAUUAUCCACCUAAAAAGAAUAAUUGAG